UGUCCAGCCUUUCAGCCUCACUUUGAGCUCCUCCACACGCAGCUAGUGCGGAAUAUCAUCUGCUUGUAACCCAUUCUCUAAAGUCGACAAAAUCCCCCAAACCUAAGUUCAGCCAUGGAUGAUGAAAUUGCCGCACUGGUUGUUGACAACGGAUCCGGUAUGUGCAAAGCCGGAUUCGCUGGAGAUGAUGCUCCCCGUGCUGUCUUCCCAUCCAUUGUGGGUCGCCCCAGACAUCAGGGUGUCAUGGUUGGUAUGGGACAGAAGGACAGCUACGUUGGUGAUGAGGCUCAGAGCAAGAGAGGUAUCCUUACCCUGAAGUACCCCAUCGAGCACGGUAUUGUCACCAACUGGGAUGAUAUGGAGAAGAUCUGGCAUCACACCUUCUACAACGAGCUGCGUGUUGCCCCAGAGGAGCACCCCGUCCUGCUCACAGAGGCCCCCCUGAACCCCAAGGCCAACAGGGAAAAGAUGACACAGGUUGGUUUUUGGCUAGAAAAUGGCGCUUGGAAGUCUCUAGUCUGUCCUGUUACCUCAUUUUACGUUCUCCUGUUCAUUCAUUCACUUCCUCCAGGCUUUGUGUCCUCUGAGCUCCUGAGUUUCUCCUCUUUUGCUGGAAGCAGCAGGUUUUUCUAAUCGUUCAUCUCUCUACAGAUCAUUGCCCCACCUGAGCGUAAAUACUCUGUCUGGAUCGGAGGUUCCAUCCUGGCCUCCCUGUCCACCUUCCAGCAGAUGUGGAUUAGCAAGCAGGAGUACGAUGAGUCUGGACCAUCCAUUGUCCACCGCAAAUGCUUCUAAACGGACUGUUACCACUUCACGCCGACUCGAACUGCGCAGAGAAAAACUUCAAACGACAACAUUGGCAUGGCUUUUGUUAUUUUUGGCGCUUGACUCAGGAUCUAAAAACUGGAACGGUGAAGGUGACGGCAAUGGUUUUUGGCAAAUAAGCAUCCCCGAAGUUCUACAAUGCAUCUGAGGACUCAAAAUUUUUUUUUUUUUUUUAGGUCAUUCCAAAUGUUUGUUAAAUGCAUUGUUCCGAAACUUAUUUGCCUCUAUGAAGGCUGCCCAGUAAUUGGGAGCAUACUUAACAUUGUAGUAUUGUAUGUAAAUUAUGUAACAAAACAAUGUCUGGGUUUUUUUUCUUUCAGCCUUAAAUUUUUUUUUUUUUUUUUUCUUUUGUUCCAAAAAAAACGAAGCUUUACCAUUCAAGAUGUAAAGGUUUCCAUUCCCCCUGGGCAUAUUGUAAAAGCUGUGUGGAACGUGGCGGUGCCAGACAUUUGGUGGGGCCAACCUGUACACUGACUAAUUCAAUUCCAAUAAAAGUGCACAUGUGUAAGACAUCCUA